AUGCGUGUGCGCGACUGGCCCGAGGAAAGCAGAGCAACACGGCAGCGCAUCGCCUACCGCGCGCUGCUCGCCGUCGCGCUGUCGCACCCGGCGAUGGAGGGGAUCACCUUUUGGGGCUUCACCGACAAGUACUCCUGGAUCCACUACCGGUUCGGCGCCGACGAGCCGCUGCUCCUCGACAACGAGUACGGCCUCAAGCCGGCGUAUAUGGGCUGCAGCGACGGCGCGCUCGACGCGCUGCUCGCCGUUCGGUGCUUUGACGGUACCUCGCCGCGCUGGGUCGUCACCUAUAUCGGAUGCUUCGUCAACGAGGGCGCGCGGCCGUGCCCGGGGCUGCCACCAGGAACACCAUGGCGGUGCGAGCGCGAGUGGUGCUACGUCGACCGGCGGCUCUACACGGGCGCGAGUGGUGCUGCACCCGGCUGGUGGGCUAACCGGUGGGCAAAGAUCGCGCCCUCCUUCGACGGCACGGUGCGCGAGCUGCUGCACAAGAAGAUCCGCGAGGCCUUCAUCCACCCGCAGUUCAACACGGACGUGAUGAAGCCGAUGCUCAUCGAGCGGUUGCUCGACCAGGAGGUCAAGUACCUCUCGGGCGGGGAGCUGCAGCGCGUCGCGCUCGACCGUGUGUCCCAGCGACUGACUGGGAAGCCCGCCGACCUGUACCUGAUCGACGAGCCGUCCGCCUACCUCGACUCAGAGCAGCGCAUCUCCGCCUCAAAGGGCAAGGAGGAGCUCGUGCUGCUGCUCCGCAUCCACGGGCUGCCUCGAACGGGGGAGCCGCAGGCCCCGUUGCGGAUCGAGCGCGGACAUGUGGCGGCAGCACAGAGCCGACCCGCAGUUGUGCGGCGACGUUGA